UCUGGUCGCGGGUGGUGCUGUCAGCUGACCACGGGAGGCGCUGUCGGGCCGGUGGAGGCCGGUGACAAAUGGCGGACAUUCUCCCUGUAUUCAAACGGGGCUGGACCCAGUUUUGGAGUCAUGGUGGGGUUCGUGGUGCCUUCUGGCAGCUCCUGAGAACAAGUGAUCUAAAAACUGGAACAUUUGUUGGUGAAGACAAGUAUGGUAACAAAUAUUAUGAAGACAAACGAUACUUCUUUGGUCGACAUAGAUGGGUUCAGUAUACCAAGGAGAUGAAUGGGAAGAAAACAUUUUGGGAAGUAGAUGGGAGCAUGGUCCCUCCAGAAUGGCAUCGCUGGCUUCAUUGCAGUACCGAGAAUCCCCCCAGCACACACCCUCCAGUUGACCGGAAGUUUAUCUGGAAGACUCAUCAGUUUAACAUGAGUGGUACACCGGGACAGUACGUACCUUACUCAACUACCCGCAAGAAGGUUCAAGAGUGGGUCCCACCACAAACCAGCGGCAAAUGAACAGACACUGGAAAUGUUUUGUAAAUCAUACUUUCCAUUUCAACUUUCUCUAUGUGGACAGCUAGCACCAAUAAAAUUGUAAUGUGCACAUUU